CAUGACCCGGGACGAGGCGCUGCCUGGCUCUCAUUCUACUCAGGGCUUCUAUGAGAACUAUGAGCCCAAGGAGAUCCUGGGCAGAGGAGUUAGCAGUGUGGUCCGGCGCUGCAUCCACAAGCCCACCUGCCAGGAGUAUGCGGUGAAAAUCAUUGAUGUCACGGGUGGCGGCAGCUUCAGCUCAGAGGAGGUGAAGGAGCUGCGGGAAGCCACCCUGAAGGAGGUGGACAUCCUGAGAAAAGUCUCUGGACACCCCAACAUCAUACAGCUGAAGGACACUUAUGAGACCAACAGUUUCUUCUUCUUGGUGUUUGACCUGAUGAAGAAAGGGGAGCUUUUUGACUACCUCACUGAGAAGGUCACCUUGAGUGAGCGGGAAACCAGAAAAAUCAUGAGAGCCCUGCUGGAGGUGAUCAGUACUUUACACAAACUCAACAUUGUACACCGGGAUCUCAAGCCGGAAAACAUCCUCCUGGAUGACAAUAUGAACAUCAAGCUCACAGACUUCGGCUUUUCCUGCCAGCUGGCACCAGGAGAGAAGCUACGAGAGGUCUGUGGGACUCCCAGUUACCUGGCCCCUGAAAUCAUCGAGUGCUCCAUGAACGAUGACCACCCGGGCUAUGGGAAGGAGGUGGACUUGUGGAGCACGGGUGUCAUCAUGUACACUCUGCUGGCUGGCUCCCCGCCCUUCUGGCACCGGAAGCAGAUGCUGAUGCUGAGGCUGAUCAUGAGUGGCAACUACCAGUUUGGCUCACCAGAAUGGGAUGACUACUCAGACACAGUGAAGGAUUUGGUGUCUCGCUUCUUGGUGGUGCAGCCCCAGAAGCGCUGCACAGCAGACGAGGCCCUGGCACACCCCUUCUUCCAGCAGUAUGUGGUGGAGGAAGUACGUCAUUUCAGCCCCAGAGGCAAAUUCAAGGUGAUCUGUCUGACUGUGCUGGCUUCUGUGAGGAUCUACUACCAGUACCGCCACGUGAAGCCAGUGACCAGGGAGAUCGUCAUCCGAGACCCCUAUGCCCUGCGGCCGCUGCGCCGCCUCAUCGAUGCCUAUGCUUUCCGUAUCUAUGGCCACUGGGUGAAGAAGGGGCAGCAGCAGAACAGGGCUGCCCUCUUCGAGAAUACGCCCAAGGCCGUGCUGCUGUCCCUGGCUGAGGAGGAGGACUACUGAGGGUGGCAGGCGGGAGGCCC